AAAUUUGUGUGCAGUUUCUUAGUGGACAACAUUCCAAUCAGGGUGUUCAACAACUUGGAAUCAACUGGUGUCCCAUUUCCCAAGAGCCAACCAAUGAGGAUUUACUCAAGCUUGUGGAAUGCUGAUGACUGGGCAACUAGAGGUGGGCUUGUCAAGACUGACUGGACAAAAGCUCCUUUCACUGCCUCCUACAGGAACUUUAAGGCCAAUGCUUGUGUUUGGUCAGCUGGAAAAUCAAGCUGCGACUCGAAGAGUACUUCCGCCGCCUUUGAGGAUGCCACGUGGCAGGAUCAAGGGCUGGACGCCGCCGGCCGGAACAGACUCCGAUGGGUGCAACAGAAGUACAUGGUUUACAACUACUGCACCGACUCCAAACGCUUCCCUCAAGGCCUCCCUCCUGAAUGCAAGCGAUCGAGAUUCCUCUAAACGUAUUCAUAAUGAAUCAGUUAUUCAUUGUUGCAUAUAAUUUGAUACUCAAUUUGUUUGUUUA